AUGUCUGUCAAAGAAUGGGCCAGAGACCUUCAAAGGUCACUCAAUAGGCAGACGGUCUAUUCCAGGAUCCACGACGACCCUUCCGAAUCAACAAAGACGUCUUUAGACGCAGCGCAGCCUCCACCGCCGAAUCGCGUCUACUCAAUCUUCUCCAUCGUAAAUGUACUCUUGUUCUUAUCUUCGAUAGUUCUCGUCAUUAUCGCGUACAAGCGCCCAGUGACGGACUCCCAGUGCGUCAAGCAGCUAUACACAUGGUCACCCGCAUUCGAGGCGAUCGAGUACCACGAAGAAGAUUACAGCGGACUCUUCCGCCAAGCAUCAGCCUAUCGCGGAAAACCCACACCUGAGCUUGAUGAGCAAUGGCUGAAGCUCUGGGACUGUGAGCCCACCAUAUCUCCCCUGUUCAAUAUCAUCCAGGCUAAAACAGACCAAGACCGCGAAUUUGACGUCCCUGAAUCCGCGUGGCCACGCAUGAACCGCACCGCAGACCCCAGCAUAGUACGCACAUCCAAAGGCGGCGGCGCAGCCUUAUUCUGGGGCAUGCACCAGCUGCACUGCCUGGUAUUCCCCUCACCCUCUCUCUAG